AUGGCUCCCCCUAUUAGCCCUGGUGCCUCCGUCACCCACCACAUUCAGUCUUCUCCCAGACGCUCUAUCGCCUCAAUCAAAGUCAUCAAACGCGGCUUUCCUCCCAUCAUCCCAAUCAUCAUCCCUCCAAACAAAUACAGCCCCACCAGCCCCAUCACAGAAUGGUUCAAACUCGACCGUCUUCCCGAUGAGAUGCUGGAAGAAGUGUCGAAAACCCUCUCAGUCACAGAGCUCAAUGCACUCCGCCUGACAAGCCGCCACAUGUACCGUAUCAGCCUCAGGACAUACGCACGCACAGCCUUCCACACAAUCUCAACAGACUUCAGUGAGCGAUCUCUGGCUCGCAUCCAUGCCAUUAUCGAAGACGAUAUCUUCCGUCCUCAGAUUCGCCAGAUUGCAGUUCGGUGGACGGAGAUUGACCGCCAAACAGACAAAGCCUUGGUAGAGGCAUUCUGGAUGGCUUUUAACCGCUUCGAGAAUUGUCAGAUGUCUAUCCUGAUCACCGUCAUCCAAAUCCCCACAAUCCUCUCCAUCUCCCAAGUCCCAAGCCUAACAGUCCUCUACCACCUCUCCCAACGCAAACACCGUCAAAACAACACACUAACAGUCUCCGUCUUCGCCAAAUCCCCAAUGGAAGAACCGCCCAGCCAAACUCGCGCCAACAAAGAAUCAAACCUCCACAUGGCCGGCAUAGAAGCCAUAAACAUAGCAUGCACAUUCCAAACCUGGCCAAUCGAAGUCUCAACACUAACCCGCCAAUCCUUCCGCCAACACAUUGAAGGCGAGUCCCCGAUCUUGCAUAUCGGCACACAUGGCAGUCUCAAUCACCGGAAUCCUCUCCUCUCGUCUAUAUCCAGAGGUCGCGGACAGGAUUUCCGCGUACUUGAUAUGUCAGCCGUCAGGAGUAAUGUCAGUCUUCUUGUCUUCGCGGCUUGUCUAAGUGGUCUUGGGAAAGCGACUAUCAGUAGCGAGGUACUUGGUUUCUCGCAUGUUGUCCUGAGUACCGGGUGUUAG